ACACUUAGCCAAGUGAGCCACCCACGCGCCCCAGGAUACUACCUUUUAAAUUCUUUGCUAUUCCUUUAGUAGAGUUAGCAAGGGAAAGGAGGUAGACAUGCAAGGUUAAUCCAUGUUUAACUUACAGUAUGAUUUACUUUAUAGAAAGAGAUUUCAGAUUCCUUUCUGGAGAAGGGAAUUAGAAUGAUGGGACAGAGCAGAUGCAUAGAACCAUUUACUACAAGAGUCCAAGAAUGUGUCUUGGAGAGGGUCAUAGCAGUGGAAUGGAAGAAGGGAAGGCUGUGUGAUACGUCAUAUGGAAGAAAAACUGACAGGACUCGGUGGACUGUGUGUGCCUGUGUGUGUAUGCGCAUGCACACACGCACACACACACACACACACGCUUGGAAAGGGAGAAUGUGAGGAAUCCAGAUUGCUGGCUUUAGUUCUGGGUACAUGGUGUUGCCAUGUUGCCAUGAGGGGAGGAUUGGAGGAAGAUCCGGGUCUUUUGGGGGAGGGGCUGUUGGGAAUCAUGACUUGUUUUUUCUGCGCGUGAACUCCUGAGAUGCCGGUGACAUCCAGGUGAAGUUGUUAAGCAGGCAUUUGCAUAAGCAGAGUCAGAACUCAGAGACACUUGAACUGGAGACGAGUUUGGCCGUUGUCGCUAGUAGAUGAGAAGACCAGAGUAGAAGAUGUAGCUAGAGAAAAGAAGAGUGCCCUAGGACUGAACCCUGAUGAAUGCCUACCAUGCCUCCGAGGAGAGGUCAGAGAGGUGGGGAAAUCGAGGGUGGGGUCACUGUCACAGUGGGGUGACGUGUGUUUUGGGGUGAGACUGUUGCCUGCACACAUACACUGUGUGCCCGUGGAUAAGAAGGUAAAGGUGAGCGCAGUACCUGACAGGCUUUUCUUGUCUCAGCGUGGCAGGCUCUUCACUCCUUCGGAACAUUUGUUUUCACUGUUGUUCUGUUACCUGUUCGACUUUACUGCAUAUAUAUCCUUUGCAUGUAGAGAAGUGAUGCCAAGCACAUAGCAGGCACUUGAUAAAUACUUGUUGAAUGAAUGGGUUUCUUAAUGAUCCCUCCAGCCAUACAAAUAGUAGUGGACGGCCACCUUUAGGUUUUAUUUGUACAACUAGUAAUACGCUUCGGGGGAUAUGAGUUUAUGUUGAUUUCCCCGGUCUCUUCCAAAAUCACCUCUGAUCACCAUCAAAAUAUUCCUAUACUAAUUAUAUGAGAAUUGAUCACAAUUUUAAUUAGUUUUUUUAUACUUGGCUUCGGAGGUCUGGUCUGGAACAAAUAGCAUUUCUCCAGGUACUCUUUGUCUGUGUGAGACUCUGUGCUAGGCACUGGGACACAUUUGUGAAAACAUGGGUCAUGGUCUGUGUUCUCAUGGAACUUCAGACAAUAAACUUGAUUUUAUUUUUGGAAUUCUGCGGCAUCCUUGUUUGCAUGUAUUGACUUUAUUUUUUACCUUCCUUGGAGCAUUUGAUUUCUGUUGCUUUCCAGAUGUACUUUACUGUUCAUUUAUGUGUUUGAUGUUUAAGGGACAAGCUUUGGAGUCCAAACAGGAUGCUUUCCAGGGCCAAGAAGCGGCAGUAAUGAUGGAUCAGAAGGCAGCAUUAUAUGGGCAGACGUACCCGCCACAGGGGCCUCCAAUGCAGGGAGGCUUUAAUCUUCAGGGACAAUCACCAUCUUUUAACUCAAUGAUGAAUCAGAUGAACCAGCAAGGCAAUUUUCCUCUCCAAGGAAUGCACCCAAGGGCCAACAUCAUGAGACCCCGGACAAAUACCCCCAAGCAGCUCCGGAUGCAGCUUCAGCAGAGGCUGCAGGGCCAGCAGUUUUUGAAUCAGAGCCGUCAGGCCCUGGAGAUGAAAAUGGACAGCCCCACUGCUGGGAGUGCUGCCGUGGUGAGGCCCAUGAUGCAGCCCCAGGUCACCUCCCAGCAGGGUUUUCUGAACGCCCAGAUGGUGGCUCAGCGCAGCAGGGAGCUGCUGAGUCAUCACUUCCGACAGCAGCGUGUGGCCGUGAUGCAGCCGCAGCCGCAGCAGCCGCAGGCCUUCAGCCCGCCCCCGAACGUGACCGCCUCCCCCAGCAUGGAUGGGGUUCUAGCAGGGCCCGUGAUGCCGCAGGCUUCUCCCCAGCAGUUUCCGUAUCCACCAAAUUAUGGAAUGGGACAGCAACCAGAUCCGGCUUUUGGUCGAGUGUCUAGUCCUCCCAAUGCAAUGAUGCCCUCAAGAAUGGGUCCCUCCCAGAAUCCCAUGAUGCAGCACCCUCAGACCACACCCAUGUAUCAGUCCUCGGAAAUAAAGGGCUGGCCGUCAGGAAACUUGGCCAGGAACAGCUCCUUUCCCCAGCAGCAGUUCGCCCACCAGGGGAGCCCUGCAGCGUACAGUAUGGUGCACAUGAAUGGGAGCAGUGGUCCCAUGGGACAGAUGAACAUGAACUCCAUGCCCAUGGCUGGCAUGCCCAUGGGUCCUGAUCAGAAAUACUGCUGACACCCUGUACAUCAGGACCUCCAAGGAAAUCACUGUACAAAAUGACCCUGCACUGGGAUUAUCGGGAGUAAAGAAUCAUCGUCCUGCACACCCAGCUCUGAGGAAAGAACCAGCUUUGAACUCUGGGAAGGGUAUUCCGAGUGAUGUCAUUUGAGCAGGACUGGGUUUGAAGUGGACAUGCGAUGUCUCUCUGUAUUAUUCCUCCUCCUGUGUGUCAUGGAGUUCAAAACAAAUAUUUUUGGCAUUCUGCCUCUUAGAGAUGGGAUUCUGGAGGUACGGAGUGUUACUGAUCCCGAAACUCUCUUGUGUCCCUUCUUUCUGCCUGGCUGUCAGAGUGUUUCAGAUAAAUGUGGGCGGGCUAGAGAACCUCGGAGAAGCCCAGAGAGGCAAGGAGGUCUGGUUUCUCCAGUGGCAGUACUGGGUGGAGAGCACAGUCGCGGCCUUCACGUGUCCUUCUCACGACCAGAUAGUUCUGUGUCCUCACCUGACUCUGUCCCGAGAAGUUGGCCUUUCUGAAUUCUUGUCUUCUAAUGAUGGUGUUGAGUUGUUCCAGCCCUGUUCUUGACUGUCCUGGACUUUUUCCUGAGUAGGAACUUCCUCUGUCCCUAACUGUCCUGUAAUACUUCACCUCCAGGGGCUGUCCUUGAUGUCACAUGGCUUUGCGGAAGGGACAGUGAGAUGACAGUAUUUAGUUGCAGCAGUAGCAAUUUUUCACAUGCUAACGUGCAGCCGAGUGCACUUUAUUUAAAAAGUAAUGGAUAAAUGCAAUAUUCUUGAGGUCUUGAGGAAUGGUGAACCACAUUCCCGGUUUUUGUCUGAACUAAUCCGUUGGACACGAGCGAUGGUUUUUGUUGUUGUUGAAAGUACUGGUGUCACCCUUUGCCUAUAUGGUAGAGCAAUAAUGCUUUUUGAAAAUAAACUGCAGAAAACCCAAGGCCAGGUACUGCAUUCUGAAUCAGAAUUUCGCAGUGUUUCUGUGAAUAGAUUUUCUUUUGUAAAUACGGCCUUUAAGAUAUUGUAUUAUGUAAAAUAUGUACAUACCUUUUUUGCAGGUCACAACAACUCAUUUUUACAGAGUUUGUGAAGCUAAAUAUUUAACAUUGUUGACUUCAGUAAGCUCAGUGUGGUGAGGCUACGCACAGACGUCCCCUGAAUUUUGUGGCCUGGGCGAGGGCAUGGUGGUCGGAGCCCCCCUCCCCCAUGCUCUGGUGUUAGAGGCCUCUCUCUUUUCAGUCUCUUAAUCUAAAUGCUUUUUAAAAAGAUCAUUUGUUUAGAUGUAGGAGUUUUAAAUUUGUCUUUUAAAUUCCUCUACCAGAACUAAGCACUUUGUUAAUUUUAGGGGAAAGAAUAGAUAUGGGGAAAUAAACUUUUAAAAAAAGAUAACAAGAAUUUUAAAAGAUCAAGCAAUUUGAUUUAAAAAAGAAUCUUGGAUUUUAAGUGGUCCAUAAAUUAAACAAUAGCAAUUCACGGUAUUUUGUUUUUUAAUCGAGUAUGUUGCCUAUUCAUCCACUGUAGGAGUGCUCUAAGGUUUUGGUUGCUAGGACCCAAAUCCCACAUUGAGAUCUCAGGAGUAGACCCCUUGAUGUGUGUUUUCUAGUGUCUGCUCGGUUGUCACUCGGAGGUGGCACGCUCCUUGUCCCUGAGAACCGGAACAGCCGCCAGGUGGUGUCUCAGGGAGCUCAGCCUCCAGGGCGGCCGGGUCUGCAGCUUCUGAGCUGCGGUCUGGCUGAGCGAGUGCCUUUGCACUCCCUGCCACCGCCCCUUUCUGCUCUUGCCAGGCUUAAGACACUUGUUCCAGUCCGUUGGGAAUAGAGAAAAAAGUCAAUUUUAGUUCCUUUUAUCUGGUUUACUUUAUUAGCUUCAAAUAAAUAGUUGAAUGAAAUUGGAUUUUAAAAUGUCUUGUGAAUUUCAAAGGUCUCUGGCUAGCUUUGGUGUCAAUUUCCUAGCAAUAACCGAGAGCCAGUUAAUUUUUCUUUUAUUUCAUACAUGUUUAGCCAAUUUUUCUAGGUGUCUCUGAAGGUAAGAUCAUUUAAUUUCUUUGACUUAUGCAUAAGUGAAACCUGUAUUUCCAGAACCACCACUGGAACAGAUUUGGGUUUGACACCCUCUCCCCCACCUCCUGGUUAAAAAUAAAUCGAAGAUUGUAAAUCCAUCAACUUCCAUCAUAGUGGCCUGUACUUUUCAGAUAACAUAUCCUCCUGUCUGGAGACAGAGAUGUAGCUGAGUAAGAGUCUCGGUCUUUUUAGAUAGAAUUGUGUCACAUAUCUCUGAACCUUUCUUGUUUUAAGUCAUGUGUGUGGGGAGAAACGGAAUGGUGCUCUUACCUUUCUUGACUUUUAAAAAUUACAAACAAAAAAUACAAAGUUUUGUGAUUCUUUUCCUCAGUCCCAACUCCAGGCUAACUGGAAGGCAGCACCCCCUUUUUAUAUGGGAAAAAAAGGAGAAAGUUUAUUAUAAGUUUUUAUAUUUUCUACUUGUUCAUUUUAUUGGUGCAAACUUAAGAAUUUGAUUUUCUUUUAAUAGAUGCCGUCUUUUGAGAUAAUUUGUUUUUACCUUUAUUGCCCUUUUAUCUUUUUUGGAUACUUCUCUUUGUACUCCUGCUGCCUACCUCUCCUUACCCCCACCCCCCACUUUUUUAAACCUUGGUAUUUGUUUCAUCUGCUUUUAGAAUGUGCGAUAUUUCCAGUACCUACUUUUUUGCUGAAUCCAAAGAUAUAUAAAUAUAAAUAUAUAUAUUUUAUAAAGAUCAAAAUGAUAUAAAGGAGAUACGUUUCUUCUUAAAAAAAAAAACAAAUAGAAAUUCAUUGUUAAUGUUCAUAUUAUGAUGCCACUUUUCUAAAUCAUGCAUCUUGAUGGAAAAGGUGUAAAUAUCAAUCACCAGGACUGCUUAGUUAAUUGGUAUUUAAUAUCUAGGUGAGUUGGGGGUAUGGGGUGGGGGAGUACAGAACGUACUUGGCUUGCUGUCCUCGAAAGGACUGCCAGUUGUCCAUAUGCCUGUCCAGUUCCAUGCGUUUUGUUCACGAGUGGGGGCGUCAUAGGAGUAAAGCCUGUAGGACAGACGAAACCCCCUGCUUCGGGGGAGCAAGCUGCUGUUGAGCUCCAAGGUCAGCUGUUUAAUGAGCGAGGUGGUUUUUUCUUUCCUUCUUUCUCUCUCUUUCCAAUGUGUGGAAUUUCGAUGAUGGAAAUGUCAUUCUGAGAGCAAUAUUUAAAAUUCUCAGGAAUUGACUUAUAGUAUUGAGAAUGAAUUCAGUUUCAAUCAAGUUUACAUUAAAUGUUGCUUUUAAAAAUCUGAAUCGUUCUUUACACUGCAAAGAAUCCAGACCACAUGGGAUAACUUACGAGAUGGUUGAGUGGUAAGCUCUGACGACUGCUUUGCUGAUCAUUUUGGAUGUCAUUGUAAAUAAAGGUUUCUAUUUAAAAUUGAA